CGUAGAAUAAGAAUUUACGGAAGUAGGGCUUCUAACAGAUUUCCUUUUGGGAGAGUAAAAACAAAGUUGAUCGUUUCUUUCCAUUAUAACGAGCUCUGCCUUGGACUAACCAUUACUCGGUAAAACAAUGGGCACCAGAGAUGACGAAUAUGAUUAUUUGUUCAAAGUGGUCCUUAUAGGUGACUCAGGUGUGGGAAAGAGUAACCUGCUAUCACGUUUUACUCGCAAUGAGUUCAACUUGGAGAGUAAGAGCACCAUCGGCGUUGAAUUCGCCACACGCAGCAUUCAGGUGGAUAGCAAAACCGUGAAGGCCCAGAUCUGGGAUACAGCUGGCCAGGAGCGCUACCGUGCCAUCACUUCAGCGUACUACCGCGGUGCCGUGGGCGCUCUCCUGGUCUAUGACAUUGCCAAGCAUCUAACGUACGAAAAUGUGGAGCGCUGGUUGAAGGAGCUGAGAGAUCAUGCUGACAGCAACAUCGUCAUCAUGCUUGUGGGCAACAAGAGUGACUUGCGUCACCUCCGGGCUGUUCCAACUGAUGAGGCCCGGGCUUUUGCUGAGAAAAACGGUUUGUCUUUUCUGGAGACAUCAGCUCUGGAUUCCACCAAUGUUGAAACUGCCUUCCAGACCAUUCUCACAGAGAUCUACCGCAUUGUGUCCCAAAAGCAGAUGUCGGAGCGCCAGGAGAGUGACAUGUCUCCCAGCAACAAUGUGGUCAACAUCCAAGUGCAGCCCACUGAAAACAAACCAAAGAUGCAGUGCUGCCAGAACAUCUAGCUGUGCCCAACCUUGCCUCCAAAGCCCCAACCCUUCCAUUUAGUCCCUUUUCCCCUUGUUUCAUUCUCCAUAGCUCCUUUAGGGCUCCGGGGUUGUGACCUGAACUCCGCCACUACUUUUAACCGGUCCCCCCAAGGUAAUGUCUGUCUCUAGGCUCGUAAAGGAGAGAAGACAGCAGGCAUUUUGUAUCACUUUAAGUUUCAUUCCAAUUGUUGCUCCGAUGUGUCACAAAAAGUCUUCUUAUAUGAAUGUGAGUUCUUUUCCCUUCUUAUAUCUUUAUACUUUGUGCCCCCAUUGAUUCUUCCACAACUUUAUGAUCUCCCUUUGUUAUUGUAUCCAAUAUUUACUAGUAUAUAUUCAUAUAAAGCACAUGGAAGCUGCUCUGAACUUUAGUCCUUUAAAUGAGCUCCUGUCAUUGCAGUUUCCUCUUUGCAACUUAGUGCAAUUUACUGUUUAGGAAACCACAAGCAGGAGUGGCCUAUCACCCCAUUGCUGUGAACAUGAUGCUAGUGAAAUGUAGAGCCGUCAGUCCUUGUUAUACUAUGGAGAGGACAGCAGGGAGGCAGCUAGCCUCUCGUGUGCACUGUUACCAUCUCAUUUACAAAAGAAGGCCGGUUGGUGGCAGCGUAGCUUGUUUUCAAAGAUGGCCAUAUGCUUGUACUGCAUGUUUUAUUAGGUAUGAGUCUCUAGGCUUUGGUAUGGAACACUGCUAUCACCUUGAAGGUGCACCACCUUAAAAGCUCAGCCUGUUCAUUUAUUACCUCUCGUCACAUAGGCAGUCAGGCUUGUGAGGUUGGGAAUUUGUACUCUCGUUUGAAGAACAGGACUUACAUCGGUGACGUUUGACAACUAUGCAGGAACUAGCAUGCAGCUGUUCGGAUACAUUUUCCUUGGUGCACUAGUUGAAAGUAUUCAAAUGACACUGACUUGUGACAUCCCUCUAUGGUUGUUAAUGUUAAAAUGGGCUUACACGUGAAUACAAAGCUUAGACAUGCAGUUUGACUUGACAUUUUUGGUAUUUUUUUUCUUGCACUGAUCUUAGCUAGCUUUAGUAAACAAGCAUUCUUGUGUAGUUCUUAAGCCUUGUCUCAGAUUGGACAGUUUUGCUUUCUUUUAAGUGACACCACAUCUGAGUUUCAUUUUCUCAAUCAAAAUUAAUUUCAGUAAGACUUUCAGAUUGAUUAACACUCUCUGGACCAAAUAAAAUUUUACAGAGAGAAAAAUCUGAUACUUCCAGAAUGAUGAAAUGAUACUCUGGACUUAAAAUGUUCAAUUAUGUUAAACAUGUUGCAAUUUUGCAAACCUGCCCGGAAAGGGUUAAAUUCAUGAUGUGGAGAGAGGAGGAGAUUCAUCCACAUUAUAAGCUAUUCUUUUUGUGGUCAUAGUGCCUCCUUCACUGUUCACUUUUGCGACACACAUGGUCUGUCCCUCUCCAUGUUUUCCCAGUCACAUAACGCCUACUUUAUACCAAGCUGCCUCUGACUGGAUCACACUGCAUGGCUUUUAGUGGGACUCCACAUUACCGCCUAAUGUUGCUGACAUUGAUCUCCAUCUAAUCUGCCCAGGGCAAGCUACAGUCCUUUCAAGGUAUUGCAACGGCAAGGUCAACUAUUUUGUCUUUGUUGUAUACCGAAUACAUUUUGCUUUGAGAUCAAAAGAUGAAUGAGGCAAAAGUUCAGUAUUCCAGCUUGGUUUACUUUUGUCUCAUUGGCACUACUCUUGGUUUUAAUAUUUGCUUCACAGCAAACCCAAGCAGUAUCUCUUUAAGGAAUCAAUCUAAAAGGCAUUACCUAAGCAGUUAAAAACACCCAUAAUGCCAUACUUUUACUCAUUUGAAAAGUGGGUGGCUAGAUGUAAAUACAGUAUCUCACAAAAGUGAGUGCAUCCCUCAUAUUUCUGCAGAUAUUUAUAUGCAGACACGCAUAAGAAAUGACUCAUGAGAAAAUUAAAAGUAGUCGAUGUGCAGUUUAGAUAACUGGUUUAGACGUUAAUGGCUGUAUUUUGAGUUCUUUUGAGGGAACAAUAAAUUUACACUGUCACAUAAGCUGUACACUGACCACUUUUCAUUGUCUGUCAUAUCUUCAGUCUUGUGCCAUGAAAAUAUAUAUUUAAGUCUGCAGAAAGGUGAGGGAGGGGUACUCACUUUUGAAAGAUACUGUAACAUGUAACAAAAGGUGAAAUUCUGUUUAAUUCAUCUACUGAUUAGAAACCCAAAUGUCUUUAGUAUGCAACAAAAACACAGUAAUUGACCUUGCUGUUCCAAUACUUUUUGGAGGAGACUCUUAAGUGUUGCUCCAACAUGCCAGUGUGUUCAUUCAGGUUCUAGUUGGAUCCACCGUUGUGAUUGCAUUGGCAGACAUAUGCACUACCUGAACUUGGUGUGUAUAUUUAGACGGAGGCGAUAGAUGGGUGGGUCGCUCUGGCAUGUGAGACCCUGGCUGGCAGUACCAAUGGCGUUUCCUUGAACAGACGGCGCCGCCAACCAAGCUUCUCCACACUUAAUUGCUGGCAGUCUGAUGAUAAGGUGAUUUCUUUCAUCAAAAAAAUGAUUCCGAAUCGUAUUCCAUUUUUUUAUCUUUGAUUUAAUGUUUUUUUGACAUUUUUGUUUUGAAAUUCAGUUACUGACUAAUUCAAGUGUAAGAGUGAAAUAUUUCAGUUGUUAUGAAGGUUUAAAUGUGAGACAGGGGUCAUAAUGAAUGGUUUUAUGGUUUGUACAGCUUGAUAAAAUUGUACAAUUGUCUAUAUCUUAAGUUAUCAGUUCAUCUUAAUAAAGCGCACCAGUGAUAAACCUUUAAAAUGCUUUUAUAAUUUCACUUGGUAUUUCAGUUACUUUGUGUGACUCCCUCCAAUCCCUGAGACUAUGACUAUUUUAUUUGUUG